AUGGGUGAUCCAAGUGAAAGGUGGAACUCUAUUGGUCAGGUUUCCGGCAACGGAAACAGAGGCUCGACCAACGUAACCACAUCGCAACGCAAGCCGUCAAUACACGCAGGACUCUCUACAUCGUCCGCCGCCGCAGAGCCCUUCCUCGGCUACAAUGAGCUCUUCUCACCCAACGGCAGCUCAAGUCUUGCCACAUCGGAUACGUCCAAGAGUGCCAAUGCCGCUGCCCUCUCCACCUCGGAUCCCAUGAACGUCGCCUUCCGCUCCGGUUCGAGCACCGAUUCCAGAGCAGGAUUCUCAUUAUCGUCCAGUCACGAGCAGGACCUCAUCUCACAUCGAUUCGGCUUGUCACCAGGACACUAUGCUCCUGGUGGGCGUGACGACGUCUCUUCACAUAUAGGCGGCAACCCCCGCAGCGCCGGUCACGACGACUUUCUCGCACGCUCACCGUUUGGGCCCGGAGCUGGCCACCCAAUGCUCGGUAUGCCCAAUCCGGGCAAUCUCAGCCCAAGGAGCAUGAUGCAGUUGCAGCAUCAGCACAUGCAGAUGCAAUCCCAGCUCCACAUGCAACAACAACAACAACAGCAGCAGCAGCAGCAGCAAUCUUCGCAGCAGCCUCAGUUCGCGCCACCACAGCAGCUGGGUAUGCAGGCAGGUGUUGGCAACACUGCUGGAACAACGGCACCGGGCGGGCCGCCCGAAGAGAUCACCACCGUCUUUAUCGUUGGCUUCCCAGACGACAUGACCGAACGCGAGUUUGCCAAUAUGUUCCUCUUUGCGAAAGGCUUCGAAGCGUCAACACUCAAGAUUCCAGCCGGUAUUGGCGCCAUCGGGCCCAAUGGACGCUUAUCAGAUGGUACUGGACCGCUAUCGGCAGGCCCUGGUGGUCCCUACCAGGCGGUCAACCUGCCAGGUUCAGGGUUGUUUGAUCUGGGAGGCAACGCAGGGCCAGCCUGGGAUGAGCCGAACAUGCCACUUGGGCUUGGCCGCGGAGGAGCCAGCGAUACCUUUACUUCCCUAGCCAACAUGACGGGCAUGCCCAAUGCUUUGGGAGCUCCAGGUCUGGGCGGCGCUGCGGGUGUUGCCAACAGUGUCGCGGCCGCGGCGGCCGCGGGCAAGAUCAAGCAGAUCAUCGGCUUCGCCAAGUUUCGCUCACGUGCAGACGCGCUGGAGGCACGCGAUGCACUCAACGGACGCAAGGUGGACGCGGACAAGGGCUGCGUGCUCAAGACGGAGAUGGCCAAGAAGAACCUUCACACCAAGCAGCGUCCUGUCCUGACAACACCUGGAUUUGCAGAAGGGCCCAACGUCGGCAUGCCUCCACCUUCCAGCAUGAGCGCUGCUGCUGCUUCCGGUCAAGCACCAGCAAUGCCGCCAUUUGCCCUAGCGACACCAUUCGAUCCUCGCGCCGGCCCGCAAAUGAACGGACCCGGCUCGCAAGGCGGGCCAUUUGGACCUUUUGCCAAGGGUCCAGGCAACUUCGAGCCGUUCAACGGUUCUGGACCCACGUCAAACGACCUUUUGUCGCCUCACGAGAUGUUUGGUGGUCCUGACUUCUUUGCUCAGGGCGGACCCGGGCGACUAGCACCAUCGUCGCAGCAAGCGCAGUCGCAACAACUGCAGUCGCAACCGCAGCAGCCAAGCUCGACGGAUAAGUGGGGUGGGUCGCUAGGACCGCUCGACUACUACGGGCCAGAAAACGGUACGACCUCGACUUCGACAUCGAACAGAGGUCUUCAAAGUAUUGCUACUCAGACACUCAACGCGCAGAACGCUCCGAGGUCCGAGUGGCCACCUGUCGGCUCUCCGCCGCCGGGGCUCUACAGUGCCGCAGCGGGUGGAAGCAUGGCGGUAGCAGCAUUGGCACAGCAGCGACCGGGAUUUCAGAGGCAAGGCUCGCGUGGCACCUCUGUCGGGGCGAUCGGCCAAGAGCAGCCUGCUGCCAUCGCUGUGAACAAGCCGGAGGAUGGCAUCCAAACCGCGCCCCGGUCGACGAGUCCAGACACGGCGGUGGCUGCUUCCGAAGCCCAGGCAAGCUCGGCGGCGACCCGUUUUGGCGCUCUCAAUCUCGGCUCGCCUCCCGCCGAUGAUGAGGGCGCCAAAGCUCCGCAAGUGCCGAGUCCAGAUCAAACUAGCACUACGGGUAGCCGAAAUCUCGUUGGCGAUAAUCAUCCACCCGUCAACACGCUGUUCGUCGGAAACUUGCCCAGCAACGCCUCGAGCGCAGUGCUUUCUCAGAUCGAGGAUCAGCUGCGAGGCGUCUUUGGCAGCUGUCGAGGCUACCGACAGAUUUCGUUUCGGCUGAAAUCCAACGGGCCCAUGUGCUUUGUCGAGUUCGAAGACGUGCACACUGCGUCGAAAGCCAUGUCGGAACUCAAUGGCCACUCGCUCGGCGGCUCGAUCAAGAAUGGUGGCAUUCGUCUCAGCUUCAGCAAAAACCCUUUGUUUCGUAUGAAUUCGAACUCGGCGAUCAACGGCACCGUUGUCGGUGGGAGCGGCUCGAGCACCGGAACGCUUCCUUCGCCCGAUAGUGGUGCUGUCGGACCGCAUGCUCCAUUGAGCCUAGGUUCAGCGAGCGAAAGCCUCUCAUCUGCUGCGGUUCUAGGAUCGCGUCGCUGA